AUGGUUUCAGAUGUUUUAGUGAAAAUCUUUACUUCAGAGGUAAUUAUUUUACUCUUUGUAAAGAAGAAGAAGAAGGAGAAUAAAUGGCAAUGGCUGCCUUAUCGUCUUUCUUCAUCGCUGCGCCAGUAUCCACCCCCUAGAAUUGAUCUCCAAGCUCAAGUUAAUCCAUGCCGGUGGAACCUCGAAAUUAGGUCCCAGCGGAUUUCCAGCUCGAAAAGUGAUGGUCCUGGGCGUAGGCGGGUGUGGAGGCGAAGAAAAUUGACAAAGAAGGAUGAGUUUCUGGAACCCAAAUUGGAAAGAGUUCCUUUCCUUGAAGAACAGGUCAGGAAGAUAAGAGACGGGGGGAAGCUCCUGACCAUGGAUAUCCAUAGACUACUAUUAUCUGAGGAUAACCGAUUUGAUUUUGUGAAUGAGGUGGCAGCUGAGGCGAAAAUGUAUGUUGAAAACAACCGGGAUGAAUAUGGUGCAAAGAAGGCUAUCCUUCAUGUACUGAGCAAUCGAAUGAAUGAUGCUGGGACGUCUCGUCCAGAAGCAUACUUGGAGUCCGAUCCAUUCAAUCCUGGUCCUGGUUAUUUGAGAGAAGAGCUUUAGAUUGUCGUAGAUGUUGUAAAUUGUAAAAAUAAUCUGAUAGACAAACUUUGUCAGAUUAGUUUCUUGUAAUAUUUGCAGUCAGUGUUUAUCCGUCUUUUCCUACUGAUUUCUAUAAUAGUUCGAGCGUUUGAGCUGACA